AUGGCAAGUCAUGGAUAUCUUUCCAGUGGUUCUGGUUCUAGUCAAAUGACUCAAAAUUUCAAUUCGCAAGAACAAUUGAACCCUUCCGGUGCUUUGCCAAAUUAUACUUCUCCACAACCAAUAAUUAUUCCUCAACCCAAUUCUGUGGAGCCCUUAGUUCAUCAGGUUUCAUCCUCUCACCAAAAAGGUCCAAGCAGUGUUCCUUCUGCAAUAUAUACACAGCACCACGUUUCAGAAGAAAUAUCACAAAUUAAUCAAGAUGGAAAUGAUAAAGCUGCUUCAGAAGAGCCUCUUUUUAGUCAAAAAUUCGAAAUAUUAAAAUCAUAUUACGAUCAAGUUAAGAGGCUUAUUGAUCGUCAUAAACUGGAUGGAUUGCCAGUAAAAACUUCAUUUGAAAGGCUCAUUGAAAUUUUGGAAAACCGAAGAAAAAUUGAUUUGAAAUUUGUUGAAAAGCUUAUUGUAAGCGUUAAAACUAUGAUCCAACGUGGAUCAGUGUGUUAUCCAAUAUUGGAGGUUCUUCGUAGUGACGAAACUAUUCGACCUAUUCUUCCUGAUCCUUGGGCUGAUCUUCGGCAAUAUGCAAUAAAGUUAAUCGUUAAACGGAAGCGAGCAUCUACAGCAGUAGUCGAUGCUAAACGUGCCAAGUGGGAGAGUGCUGAAAGUGCUAUCGCUGUAGAUUGUUGUGACGGAUCCAAGAUAUUUCUCAGUGAAGAAGCAAGUGACGAUCUGCGUAAAUAUAAAUAUAGAUUCCAUCCAGAUUUUGCUCCUAUAUCCAGUGAAUGCAGUGAAGUAACUGUGUUUAUCGAAAAUGAUGCACUGUUGGUUCCACCAAUGCGUUUAAUUAUCCCAACGAACUAUCCAGAAAAUGGAGCAUAUCUUUCUAAUGAUCAGUGGUCAAAAAAUAGAGGUUGCUACGAAUAUAUCUAUAAACAAUUCGAAAAACGCUUAUGUAUGGCAUCCAAUAGGCGUUCCAUAUCGGAAAUCGCCAGUGCAUGGAAGAUUGCUUCAGAACAUGUGAUAUGUGUAAGAGACGAACCAUUUGGAAUACUAUUUGAUUAA